AAAAGUCCACUUGGGUUGAGCAAAAUCUCGUAAAGAUUAUGCAUACCGUUUCUCUUCACGAAUUAUUCAAGGAAUUAAACGAGCAUUGUCUUAAAAUAAUCAGCGAACAACCUCAUAUGAUCUUCGAAGCUAAUGAUUUUUUAUCUCUGGAAAAAUCAAUACUCGUGUCUAUGCUUAAACGCGAUGAUCUAGGUAUGGAUGAAAUUGAAAUCUGGAAUUCAAUCAUCAAAUGGGGUAAGGGAAACACUUUAAACUUACCUGAGAAACCUGUAACGGAAUGGAAUUCUGAAAAUUUUGUCGCUCUCGAAAAGACUCUUCAUCAGUGUAUUCCAUUGAUUCGAUAUAGUGAUAUCUCAGGCAAUGAUUAUUUCGAAAAAAUAAUGCCCUAUCGGAAAAUCAUCCCGAAGGAUAUGAAAACGGAAAUUUUGAGCGGCUAUAAUCCUACCAAUUGGGGUGAAAAUUUUCCGUUAAGGGAUGGAAACCAUUGGAGAAGAAUUAAUGAUUAUGAAUAUCUUGAUGCGUCUUCUGCAUUUAUAUUUUCCUUUGAUAAUAAAAAUCUUCAAAACGCAAAAAUUUCACGCAGCAGCAGCGCAGAACGUCAAAUAGCAUACGCUUAUAAUGUUGGUCCCUAUUUUUAUAAUGAUUUAUUUAUCGGCGACAAAUGUGAUCAAAAUCAGUCGAGCUGGUAUCAAUAUUCUUUAUAUAACACUCAAGAUAUAUGGGAUGAUUCAGCUUCAGGCAACAAAUAUAGGUUUAAAGUAGAUGAAUAUGAAGUUUUUGAAAUUCAAAACAAAUCAUGUGAAAAGUAA